AAAAUUCUUUUCUCUCUGCCAUCGCUCUCAUUUUCCUUUCCUUCCCUCUUCCUUCCCCCUCUCUUUCUUUCUUUCCAUCGUGCUGAAGAUUAAUUUUAACCCUUCAUCGCGUGCUAUUGUCAUCCAUCAUGUCGCGCAAGGAAGAUUCCAAGGCCAAAGAUGCCGUGGUUAGCGUUAAUGUCGAGGAUUACACUAAGACCCGCGACAGUGUCAUCAUUAGCCUGGCGCAACUGCAAUCCGCCGUCUCGGAUCUGUCGCGCGCCUACAUCAACCACACCAACACGGUCCUGAACCCCGGCUCCUCCAACAUUGACUUCGGAAGCCUCACCAGCGGGAUCACCAGCACCCUGUUUGAAAGUGGCCUGCUGGGCGCUCGUCCUACCAGCCCCGGCGCCAAGUCCGAGGUGGGCGAGAAGAAGAAGCGCAAGCGCGCUCCUCCUGACCCCAACGCCCCCAAGCGUGCCUUGACCCCGUUCUUCCUCUACAUGCAGCACAACCGCGCGAAGAUCGCGGAGGAGCUGGGUACCUCUGCCAAGCCUAAGGAAGUUUCCGACGAGGGAACCCGCCGCUGGGCUGAUAUGCCCGAGGCCCAGAAGGAGGUCUGGAAGAAGCUGUACGCCGACAACCUUGCCGUCUACAAGGAAAAGAUGAAGGCCUACAAGGCCGGCCUCCCCUUUGGGGAUGAUGACAGCGCCAAGGCUGCCAACCAACUCCAGCAGGACGUUGAGGGCAUCUCUGCCUCCGGUGCGGAGGAGACCGACGACGAAGACGAAGAGGAGGAGGAAGAGGCUCAGGAACCCGAGCCCGAGCCCGAGCAGGAAGAGGAAGAAAUUGAAGAAUCCGAGCCCGAGCCCGUGAAGGAGCCUACUCCUCCGCGCAGCACUGCUAAACGUCGCCGCAGCGAGGGCAAGACCAAGGAGACCUCCACCCCCGUCGUCGAGAAGAAGGAAUCACCCGAGAAGAAGAAGCGCACCUCUGCCCGUAAGGCGGCCGAGGAACUACCCGCCUCAGCUCGCAAGCCGGCUGCCGACAACAAGCGCACUAAGAAGAAGCGCAAGAGCGAGGCCCCUGCUGACGAGUAGAGACUUGAUUGAGAAUGAAUGAGAUCCCCGUGCGUUUGUUGUUUUUUAUUUUCUGAAAAUGGUUUCCGUGGCUUCAGCGGAGGCGUGUCUGUAUAGCUUGUCGGGUUCUGUAUAUUUGGGGAAUUUUAUGGGCAAUCGUACCGAGGGAGUUUUCUUUCCUUUUUUAUCUUCUUUCCUUUCCUAUCAUGUCCGAGGAUCAUUUCUGCAGGAGGCACAAUGUAUGUCUUUCAUAUUUCGCUUGUUUUUCUCGGGAUAGGUAGCUGGACCUUUGCUGUUGGGUAGUGACUGAAAAACGAAGAGACCUUAACAUCAUCUGGAGUAGCUCUUGUAACACCUAGGUACAGAGUAGUGAAUUAUAUGUAUCUAAUAGGUUAGCCAACCAUAACGGAGGA